AUGACAAGCAAUCGUUCAACUGCCCGCGCGUCUCGCUUGGCAGACUCAGCGUAUAACUCGCCAUACUCACAUGCUGGCGCGCCAUCUCCACAUCCCAACACCGACCCCUAUGCUCCUCUUCGUACGAAAGCGCUUGCCACGCUUGAAGGUAUGGGAUACGACCCGAAGACCAUGGUCGAGCGUGGAGUGCUAUGGGCCGAAGAUCAGGACCCAUUUGGUCAUGUCAUGAACAGUCGUUACAUGCAGUUUCUGGGCACAGUCAUCUAUCGAGUGAUGGAAUGCUACGAUGAAUAUCUCAACGAGGAGGAGUAUGAAGGCAUGAUUACAGCCAAAACCGUCAUACCUGUCGUUAGGAAGUACGAACUCGCCAUCUUGAGGCAGGUCAAAUACCCAGAUGCUCUCAUUGCUGCUCAUCGCCAGGAACACAUGGAGCCGACAAGAACAAACGGAGUGACUUCUCUCUUCUCCCUUAAGCAGCAGGCCAUUGUUGCUGAGCUACGAGGCUCCGUCACAUACGUGAACGCGAAGUCUGGCCGUCCUGUGGACAUUCGAACGCUUGGUGGAGGAUGGCCGAGCCUUUUUGAAGGCUUCACCAAGAAAGCAGAAAAUGCCCUGGCUUUGAAAGAGAAGUGGGAGAUCGAGCACCCCAAGCGUAUUAAGCCGGCAGAAAUUUCGAAGAUCUAA